CCGAGACGGCGAGACCCAAUAUCUCACAAAAGAGAAACACUCACCUUCACCUCAACCAAACACAAGACACAACGAACACUCAAUUUUAAUAUUCUCUUCCUGUUUGCCUUUGUCUCGGAGAAUUGAGAAACUUAGAUCUGAGCCCCGUAAUAAAACACUGUCUAUCUGAUUCGAAGGUCAACCUUCGCUAAUAAUGGCGAGGGACAUGAACUUCAGCUCUGGAACUGGAAUGGGUAUGCUGCUGCUGCUGCUGUUAUGCUUCACCACUCUUUCUCAUGUGCUGCCACGAGUAGAGGCUGUGUGGUUAACCAUCCCCAGUUCGGGAACUAAGUGCGUGUCAGAGGAAAUCCAGACACACGUGGUUGUUUUAGGCGAUUACUAUGUUGUAACUGAUGAAAGUCCCCAGCCCCAUACAAUUUCUGCCAAAGUAACAUCACCUUACGGAAAUAACCUUCACCAUCACGAAAAUGCUACACAAGGUCAGUUUGCAUUUACAACUACCGAGAGUGGGAGCUACGUGGCGUGCUUUUGGAUUGAUGGUCAACAUCAAGAAGGUGCAACUGUCAGCCUUGACUGGAAAACUGGAAUUUCCGCCAAGGAUUGGGAGUCUGUUGCAAAGAAAGAAAAGAUUGAGGGUGUUGAACUUGAGCUCAGGAAACUUGAAGGAUCAGUGGAAGCCAUUCACGACUAUCUUAUUUAUUUGAAGGAUAAGGAAGCAAAGAUGAGGGCAGUCAGUGAAAGAACAAAUGGUAGAGUAGCUCGGUUUAGUAUCAUGUCUCUUGGUGUCUGCCUUUUGGUUUCGGCGUUGCAGCUGUGGUAUCUGAAGCGCUUCUUUCGAAAGAAGAAGCUCAUAUAGAUAUAGAUAUUGUUUUCUUUUGAGACUUCUCAACAAACAGAUGAUGAUGAUGAUUGAUUUUCAUAAUUGAGCAUAAGCUAUAUCCGUGAAUUCCUUCACUGUGUCACUUAGAAAUAUCACUCAUCAUUUCUAAAUGUUUGUAGCAAAUGAUUUCUCAUGACCGAAAACCCAUGUUCUCAGUUAUGAAGAUGGAACUGAAUCAUGUUUAACACAACAGCUGAUUGAGAAAGAGAAAAGUCGGUGGUGACGUAUUACAUUUUCAUAUUGAAGUAGGAAAUGCUCAAAUGGAAUACUAUUCAAUCCUUUUUACAUUUAUCAGACAUUCAAUAGAUGGUGAGGAAAUAAAAGCAGUAAGUACGUAG